AGCGCUAGUCGAAAUUUUUUAGAACAAUGGUUAUAUAUCAAUUUUACUCAAAUUUUAUUUAGAUAGACAAAAAAUCCCGACAGAAGAAAAUGUAAAUCCUAUCGCAUUUCUCCUCUAAAGCCUCCUCCUCACUCUCCUCCCUUCCCCUCCCACGCCUCUCUCUCUCUACCGCCCUCAAGGGCCUCAACUUCCGCCGUCGCCCUUCCAAAUUCCCAUUUUACCCCUCCAACCACUUUGGAAUUCCCAGGCUGCCCCUCCUCGCAUGCAACCUCAGCUCCGGCCGCAGCCAACAGCAAGCUCCCAUGGACUCACCCCCGCCGGAGGCCAGCGCCGCGUCGGUCGACUCCGUGACGCACGAUUUGCAGAAUCAGAGCUUGGCCGGCGAUGAGAAGAUGGUGUAAGUAACACUCAGAGGGUUAGGUUGAAGCUCGAAGAUCUAAAUUGGGACAACUUGUUUACCGGAGAGCUACCUGGCGAUCCCCGGACUGAUACCAUUCCACGAGAGAUUAGCUUUGAUUUUUUAUGUGUAUUAGGAAUUGGGUUAUUUUCUGUUUGGUUGCUGAGAAAGUGGAGGAAAAAGGAAAGUUUAUCGUACAUGUGGGGUGUGUCACGUGUUUGCUACUAGCUCAAGGCUUCCACUUGCGUUUUUGAAUUGUGCCAACUCGGAAAAGUUGUUAAAUUUAACCAUAAAUUCUUUGAACAUUGUAGUUACUCAAUCGAGAAAUCGCCAAGUGACUUACGAUUUGUGUGUUGUGAAUUGGGUUCUGUUUGGUUGCUGAGAAAGUGGAGGAAAACCAAACAAGAAAAUGAAACAUAUGUGGGGUGUGUGUUUGUGUACCAGUUAAAGGCUUUCACUUUUGCGCUGUUGUUUCGGGCCCAAAUCAGAAAAGUUGUUAAAUAUAUUCAUAACUGCUUAGAAAUUUAUACUUACUAAUCAAGAAAUUGCUGAGUGGCUUACAGUCCGAGUGUUGUUAGUUGGGUUAGCUUAAAUUGGCUAUGGAACUGUGCCAUUGAUAGGUUUGAUUGUGAUUUGAUUUCUUGCUUUGAGCUCCAGUUGAUUUUUACUAGCUGAGGGGGUGUUAUGUUGUAAUUAGAAUCGUGAAAGACGGAUAGAUCCUUCUUAUCGAGCUCGCUUGAUUUGGCAAUGGAAUUGUGUCAUUGAUAGGGUUGAUUGUGAUAGAUCUCUUGCUUUGAUGGAAUUGUGCCAAAGAUGGAUAGAUCCUCCUAAAGAAUUUGAAAGGCCAGAUUUUCUGCUUAUAUUCUCUGGGCGUCUCAUUCAGUGGGAUCGUUCCCUUAUGCUCAAUGCUAUGGUGGACAUCAAUUCGGCAUGUGGGCUGGUCAGUUGGGAGAUGGGUGGGCUAUUACUCUUGGGGAGGUUCUUAAUUCUAAGUCAGAAAGGUGGGAACUUCAGCUUAAAGGUGCUGGAAAGACUCCUUACAGUCGGUUUGCAGAUGGCCUUGCUGUGCUUCGUAGUAGCAUCCAGGAAUUCCUCUGGAGUGAAGCAAUGCAUAAUCUGGGAAUUCCAACAACUCGAGCUCUCUGUCUUGUGACCACAGGAAAAUUUGUCACGCGCGACAUGUUCUAUGAGUGUGUUAAUUAGAUUUCUAUGCAAUGAGUAUUUUUAUACCUAAUCAUGUUUUACUGUGAGAACCAUACACGAUUUUGUUCCCUAUUGAGAUAAUUUCUCUUUGUUCUUUGAUAUUAUUAGCCUACUUGCUUUGAUCUUUCCCUAUUGAGAUAAUUUCUCUUUGUUCUUUGAUAUUAUUAGCCUACUUGCUUUGAUCUUUCCCUAUUGAGAUAAUUUCUCUUUGUUCUUUGAUAUUAUUAGCCUACUUGCUUUGAUCUUAUGCUAAAAUAUCAAUAUCUUGCUCGAAAAGGAAUAAAUUUUAGGAAUAUAUGUUCCUCAUGUUCUCUUGUUAAAAGAAUUUCUCUUUGUUCUUUGAUAUUAUUAGCCUACUUGCUUUGAUCUUAUGCUAAAAUAUCAAUAUCUUGCUCAAAAAGGAAUAAAUUUUAGGAAUACAUGUUCCUCAUGUUCUCUUGUUAAAAGAAAUUCCUCAUGUCCUUAUUUGCACUGGCAGUCCAAAAGAGGAGCCUGGUGCAAUUGUUUGCAGGGUUUCUCCAUCCUUUGUCCGUUUUGGGUCAUACCAAAUACACGCCUCUAGAGAAAAAGAGGACCUUGACAACUAUAUUUGGCCCAAUGUUUUCCGCUUAUCUGCCACAUUUUGAAGCUCGUGUCUACGAGUUCGAGACUACUGAAAAAUGUGAAGAAAGAUGGAAGCAUGCAUUAUUGCAACAUAGUGCAUUGGAGAAUCACGAAUGGCUGCACCUAAGAUACAACUCCGAAAGCAAUAAGGUUCCGCAUUUUGCAUGCAUAUAUUUCUGCAGGAGUAGUUACAGAGUUGAAAGUGGGGAUACUUUCUUCAAGAAA